GCCCGGCGCGGAUGGCGCACUCGGCCGCGGUGCCGCCGGGCGCGCUGGAGCAGGGCUGCCCCAUCCGCGUGGAGCACGACCGCCGGCGCCGCCAGUUCACCGUCCGGCUCAACGGAUGUCACGACCGGGCUGUCCUGCUCUAUGAGUACGUGGGCAAGCGGAUCGUGGACCUGCAGCACACUGAGGUCCCUGACGCCUACCGCGGGCGCGGCAUCGCCAAGCACCUUGCCAAGGCCGCCCUGGACUUCGUGGUGGAGGAGGACCUGAAGGCCCACCUCACGUGCUGGUACAUCCAGAAGUACGUCAAGGAGAACCCCCUGCCACAGUACCUGGAGCGGCUGCAGCCGUGACCCUGCCGACGGGCGCGGGCACUCCCUGCCGGGCGCUCCGCGCGCCCUUGCCUGGGCCCCCUGGGAACAGACUCAGUGGUUUUUAUAAGGAUGCUUAUCUGGCCCCACGUCCAGACCCCUGGAGGCAGCUGGCUGAGGAUGGGCGGCAACCCGGUGGCAGGGGAGGCCAGGCGGUCCCGGCGGCUCCCACUCUCCAGAGACCAGUGGCGUCGCAGAGGCCGUCGGUGGGCAGGAUGGGGGCCCAGGCCAGUCUGGGUCCCGCCUGCUGUUCCCUGCCCAGCAGUCAGCAGGAGGGCUGAUGUGGGACCCCUGCCACCACCUCUCUUGGGCCUGUGUCCUUUCUGCAAAUGAAGACGGUGUUCCCCAGAGCCAAGAGGAGCAAUAAGAAACCUCGUGUGCCAACAUCUGAGGGUGGCAGCGCCAAGCCUUGCCUGCCACCUGUGCUUCCCUCCUCCGCCUCAGACUUCCGUGCCUGGCGCGGGAGCCACAGCAAGGGGCGGCCCCCGCCAACGGGCGAGCCAAGAAGCACGGUGGACUUAGCACGGCCCAAGCUCUGUUGUGCCCCCACACAUGAACACACAUGAACAUAUGCACACGGGAUAUGGCAUGUGGGCAGGCUGGGCGGGGCACAGUGGUGGUUUUCCUCUCCUUGGUACCCUCAUCUGUUGUUGGCCUCUUGUGCGUCACUCUGCAGGAAACCGAGGCCCAUCCCCAUGGGCUGCUCUCCCUGUGCCCCCUCUGCCAGGUGCAGCUCUGAGACCACCCAUGAAGCUGAGAGGACGCCUUGGAGCUGGGGUGGGAGGGAGGUGGGCUGUCCUCCCAGAGCUGCCCUCACCACCCAAGAGGAAGGAACAUUUCAGCCGGAGGGGUUUCCUUUGCUGCCACUAGAUAUCAGAGUGUCCUCUUUGUGCUUUACUGCCUGUCGGGUCCCAGGGCUUUUGCCCAGGCCUGUCUUCCCGGUUACAGCCUGGGAGAUGCCCCAGGAUGCUUCGUGUCUCUGGGACCAGUCUGUCUGGGGCCCUGCGGCUGCCCCUUGAGGGUUAGUUUGGGUUCAGGGUCUUGACCUCUUGUUCCCCACUCCCCACAAGGGUCAGAUUUGUUCCUGCUCCUCUGUGGCACGGGAGGGUGACCUAGGAGUUGGGCCCUUUGAAGCUGAGACUUUAACACCAAAUCCCUUGGGGAUGGUGUGUCCCCUCCAGGCCUCUGGGGGUGUCUGAGGAUGGGCUCUGGGUGGUACAGGAAGAGGCUGACCGGCCCCCACCCCGUUUUCCUCCUCCAGUGCAGGGGCUCAGGGAAGGGUGGGUGCUGGGGGCAGUGGGGGCUGUGGUGACCUCGCCCUUUACCUGACUCUGUGAGGCAGGUGCCGGCAUGGCCUGUGCUUGCAUUUUCCACUCACCUCCACGCUGCCCCCAGUCUUGGCACCAAGACCCCCUUCUCUCUUUCCUUGGCCACAUCAGCUCAGGGGCCCAUCCCAGAUACUGUGCACAGAGCCUUCCCAGCCCGCCGCAGGACCAUCGCAAUCUGCGUGUGCGAGGCCUGACAGCCUGCCCGUGGGCGUCCCAGAGCCCCCCCGUGUGAGUCACAGCCAUGGACCAGCAGUGGUGACAUCCUGAGCACCCCACCACAUCCCAGCCCCUCACCUCAUGCCAGAUGCUCCUGCUCUGACCUCCAGGAAUUCUUGGGAGCCGAGACCAUCCUCCUCAGCUCCAUCUGCAAAGGGCUGGAGUGGACAGAGGGGCAAGGGCCUCCCGUCUGCACAUGCCUCCCCAAGUUCAAGCACAUACUCUGUCAUGACUCCCAGUGGCUCAGUGGGCUGGGGCUAUGUCCCUCUGUGGCCUGCAGCGUGAGGUGGCCCAGUGCCUUCCCAGCCUCCCCACAGGAGGCCCCAGAGGGCUAGCAUGGGCCUUGAGGAGCAGAAAGAGCCAGGCGGCGCCAGGAGGGAGUGAGCCUGUCCCCACCGCGUCCCUGCCUAAACCUAAGAUUCUGAGCGCUGUGCCCUAACAGGUGACUUGCCCACCAGCCGACUCAUAAAACACUUAGUACUUGAACCGGGAGACAUGGGGUUCGGAGGCCUGUGCAGGCCCAGGGUCCAGCCUGGGACUUUCUCCAUAGGCUUGGCCUGAGCUCUGCAGGUGUGACUUGGGCCGCCUUAAAGUACCACUGGCCCCACUCCAGGGGUCUCGGCAGGGCCGUGCGGGGCCUGGCCCGUGGUCCCCAGCAGAGCCUCAGCAAUAACCACAUCUUCCCAGGCCGGGAGGGGGCUCUGGAUCCCCGACAGACACCCUGCCCUGGAGCUCCCAGCUCAGCCCUCGGCCAACACAGCCUGUCCUCUGGUGCUACCCCGUUUGCCUGGCAACCCAGCCUCACCCCUGCUCCGUCCUGAACUCUGGGAGCCCCUGGGCAGGAGGCUGGUUGCUCAGGGCUAGUUCUUGCGCCUUGGCAAGAACGAGAGCCCUGCAGGACAAGGCAGAGGGACACUUGCUGGCGGGGGUGCGCUCCUCCCAGCAGGUCUGCCUGUGGGUUUCUCUUUCUUGCCCGGUCAAAAUAGGUGGAAACUCAUGUGCCUUUCCUACUCAGGACCUGUUACAGGUGGUGUCUGGGCCAAGGCUGGUCUCUAGACCGCCCUUUGUUACUUUGCAAACUUCUGAACGGACUGCACGACAUACAUUUCAAUAAAAAUUGUGGCCUAGUGCAGCGGCCCAGGACUCUUCCAGAAGAGACACGCAGGCUGCCGGCUGUCUGGCUCUCUCCCCGCAGCACUCUGAUUGUUAGCCCUCCGUUUAGCUGCCGAGCAGGCGGGGGAGCCCCUGGUGCCCCACGCCCCGCUUUUCUGUGAGGAGGGCGGGGCUCUGAGCAGCACCAGGGCUUGGCUGAGGUCUCCCCCGCAGGACAGUGGUGGCGGCGGCAGGAUCCCUGCCCCAGUCUGGGUGACUUUGCUAUCCUGGCUGUCCUCCCGGGAUGGCCUGGGCGGGCCCCACACCACAGUUCCUGCCUCCUCCUGGGGCCAAGGCCCCCCUGGGCCACAGCCCGGCUCUGGGCCGCCUCCCUCUCCCGUGGAGCAGCUUUGUGGGCUUCCCAGGAAUAGGCUGUGACAACAGGCCAGCAGUGCUCUCAGCCGUGAGCUCUGGUGUACCCUAAGAAGUCCCUCCGUUUGGGCUGUCUGGUCCAGCGCAGGGAGGCAGGGCCCGGCCUCUUGUUCACACAGGCACAUCAGGGGAAGCAGCGGCUACUGUCCCCAGAACAGGAGGGCCCUAGAGUCCCGAGCCAGCCCAGGCCUCGUCCCCUUCUGCACUGGCUGCCCAGGGAGGAGCCGACUCCUGCAGGGAGUUUUCCCUCCUACCUCCCUUUCGGGGGUUCCACACAGCAACUGCCAAGCCCUUCGCACACCUGCCCAGAGGUGCCUGUUUGACAGAUAAGAGAGCGGGGCCUGGAGGGGGGCAGUCAAGCCCACAUAGCCAGAGGGGACCAGGACUCAAACCCAGUUCCUGUCCUCUCUAGAUGAAGUUGUUGAGCCUGUGUCGUGAGGUCUUGUGUCUACUUUAGGUAACAGAUGGCCUCAGAAGGCAACAAACAGAUAAAACUCCCAACAACUUCUCUGCUCAUUUGGAGAGCUGAGAUGGGGCUCUGCCUGCAGGCAGCAGGAGCACGGGCCUGCAGGGAGGCGGGACUGAGGCUGGGGGUGUGAGCAGGAACCUCAGGGUCCCCUGACGGUGUGCUCACACCGUCCUUCCCAGUUCAGGGUUCUCAGAUGUGUGCAAGUGCACCUAAACAUCUCUUUGCUAUUCUCAGGGUCCCACUCCUAGGUUGAUGUCCUAAGUUUCACGUAAGAGACCUGGCAAGGCUGUGAAUUCGACUCAGGCUGUGAUCUGCAACCUGCAGGGGCACGUUUGGGGCUAUGUUUGCAGUUGUAACAGUCACGGCUACAAGAUAUUAAAGAGAUUCUUUUCUGGUUACAAAGAUGCUGUCUGGUUUUCUAUCCCUGCCUUGAGUUGAAUUUGUCACUUUCUGCUGAUUCUCCAGCGUGGUCAGAAGCCACCAGCCCACUCCAGACUGAGUCUUUCUAGGUGUCACCCCCGGGACGUGACCAAGGGCAGCAGCCAUCCAGUCUCUCAAGCUUUGCCUUCAAAAGACACGUCACUCAGGCAAUUAAAAUAAAUGGUAUCGUAAGUACUA